CAUGGAGUAAGGUAACGUUUACUGUAAUCGAAGUGCUCAGUCUCCUUGCUUUUCGUGAUUCAUUUUGUGGGGUUUAUGUUGAUAUAUAAAAAGGUGUAAAUGGGGAUACUUCUACUUGAAGCAGUGCUUAAAAAACACUGUGAAAUCCACCAAGAUGUGUGACCAUCGGUUGCUUCGCUCUGGGUCAGCAGGAGAGAUUGACCAUGUACAGCAUCUGUCUGACAACAUUGGAGCACUGUUUGAGAAUGCAGAUUAUCACGAUGUUACCAUCAUUGUGGAACAGCAACAUUUUAGUGCACAUAAGGUCAUCUUGGCUGCAAGAUCAGAAUACUUCAGGGCCCUAUUGUUUGGUGGAAUGAGAGAAAGUAGCUGCAAAGAAAUAGAACUGAAGGACACCAGUGCCACAGCUUUUCGGCAUUUACUCAAAUACAUAUACACUGGCAGAGUUAAUCUGGGUGAAAUGACGGAGGAUGUGGUGUUGGAUGUACUGGGACUUGCUCACCAGUAUGGAUUUGUGGAGAUGGAAAAGGCAAUAUCGGAGUACUUAAAGGCUGUAUUAAACACCAAGAAUGUGUGCCUGAUCUAUGACAUUGCCAGCAUGUACAGCUUGCGAACUUUAUCAGACACUUGCUUUCAUUACAUGGACAGAAAUGCCCAGGACAUCAUCAACAGUGAAGCCUUUCUUUGUUUAUCUGAGAGUGCACUAUGCGAGAUGCUCGCCAGGGACUCAUUCUGUGCCCCAGAGGUGGAGAUUUUCAAUGCAGUUUGUCUUUGGUAUGAAAAGAACCCCAACUGUGAUAUAGCCAAAAUAAUGAAAAACAUAAGAUUGACCUUGAUGUCACUGCAAGACCUGUUGAAUAAGGUCAGGCCUAAAGAGUUAGUUUCUGCUGAUGCCAUUCUAGAUGCCAUAAAGUUUAAGACAGAAAAAAGGGACAUGGAGCUUCACUAUAGGGGAUUUCUCACCCUCAAUGAGAACAUUGCCACAAUGAGACAUGGAGCCAAGUUGGUCCGAGGUGAGAUGAAAGCUGCCCUGUUGGAUGGGGACACAUUGAACUAUGAUCUGGACAGAGGGUUCUCCAGACAUCCCAUAGAUGACACCAAUGGUGAACUGGUAGUAGAGUUAGCUCAACCUUCCAUCAUUAACACAGCAAGACUGCUACUGUGGGACAGAGACAUGAGGUCUUACUCUUACUACAUAGAUGUAUCUAUGGAUGACAAGGACUGGGUGAGAGUGGUGGACCACACCAAAUAUUUAUGCAGGUCAUGGCAGAAUUUGCACUUUCCGGCAAGGGUUGUAAGGUUUCUCAAGAUUGGUGGAACUCACAACACAGUAAACAGGGUUUUUCAUGCAGUCGCAUUUGAAUGUCUGUACAGCACGAAACCAUUUAGGCUGGAAAGAGGUUUGCUAGUCCCUUCUGAAAAUGUGGCUACCAUUGAAGCCAGUGCCUGUGUGAUUGAGGGGGUGAGCAGGAGCCGGAAUGCUCUGAUCAAUGGUGACACCAAGAACUAUGACUGGGACUCGGGGUACACCUGUCACCAGCUUGGAAGUGGUGCAAUAGUGGUGCAGCUAGCACAGCCAUAUAUCAUAGGGUCCAUGAGAAUGUUGCUAUGGGAUUGCGAUGACCGUAGUUAUAGUUACAAGAUAGAAGUAUCCACUGACCAACAGACUUGGCAUACAGUGGCAGACAAAACAAGGGAAAACUGCAAGUCAUGGCAGACCAUAGUUUUUCCACCAAGGCCAGUCACAUUUGUCAAGAUAGUUGGAGUUCAGAAUACAGCAAAUGAAGUUUUUCAUUGUGUUCAUUUCGAGUGUCCUUGUGACUCCUUGUCUGUGGCUCGCUAUGCCCGGGGUGUGGAUGAACCAACCCCCCGUACCACCUCAACUCCUGAGGGAGCAGCAGCCGGUUCCUCUGCCAUGCCGCAGACACCACAGAUGCCCCUUCCACCCAUGACAGAGCAGUCCAGUAAUCCUGACAUGACGUAACAGCAUGAAAGACUUGGAUAACUACAGGCUUGUAUCUAACACAACCUGUGUUCAACAAAAAACAGUCAUCAAUGCAAGUUUAAAGGGGUGGUGCACUAAAAUUAAAGCAGCAAUGAGAUUGCUGUGAAGACUGAACUCCAUGUCAAUUAUGAUUUUUCACGUUGGCAGUGUUACUUGACAUUUAUUGGUAAUGUUUUGCAGAGGUGAUUAGGUUACUUAAUCAUGGGUCCCAAGCAUUAACUAUUUAUGUUAAUUUAAUGAAAAGGUUCAAGCAGAAUUGGAAUAAUAAUUUUUUUUUUUUAUGUUUACACAAAGUUGAUACAUUUAUGAUUGCUUAAAGGAGUAUCAUUUGCUUCUGGAAUCACUGUAGUAUAAGUAUUGGGUAACUGGUAUAUUCUUCCUUAACACAAUUUUAUCUGUUGCCAAAAAUCACAAGUGCUAUCACUACAUCCCUAUAACUAUUCGCACGUUAAGGCUUAGGGCAAAUUGUAGAUUAUUUGAGUAGGUUAAGCCUUGGAUAAACUGUACAGUGGAGUGAGCAACAGUCUUUAUAUUUGCUGUUACUACAAUAUAUUUGCUACUGAGUAGCUGUAAAAUACAUACGACUUGUACUAAAACUCACUGCUCAAUCACAUAACUUCUCUCAGAUAAAUAUUAUAUUCUGAUGCAAGAUGCUUAAAAUAGAAACAUUUGAGUACCUGUUAAACUAUUUUAAAUAGCGUUAGCAAUUUUUUUGUCAAGAAUCUUUAACCCACAUGAAAAAAAAAGUAUUAUGUAAGAACUGGGAAGAUAUUAACUGUAAAGAUUGUUACUCAGAGCAGAUUUCAUAAUGUUCAUCUGCAUGGUUGUGCUUCCACUAAACUUGCCAUUCCACUGUUGCGAGGAACAAUUCCUUCUUCUGAAGUAGGACUUUAGUAUAUGAAUAUUCAUACAAACUUUUUUCAAAGUGAUAAUGCUUACUUCCUGCUGUGGAAAGUGCUAAAUUUUCAUGAGGUAAACAUAUUCAGUAAGCAGCUUGUUUGAUAGAGUACUUUUUUAUGUAUACUGUAAGGCAAAGAUAUUUUUAUUAUUUUGUUGAUAUUGGUAAAUUCAGAAUUAACAUAACUUUGCAAUUUGCUCUACUUUCAGUCAUUUGAAUUCACAAGUGCACUCUUUAUUAUACCAAAGAAAAUGCAAUUUUUUUUC